AUGCCGCCGCCCUCUUUAGGGGCAGACGUUCCCGUCGGAUCCGCGACCGACAAUAUCUACCCCUGGAUGACGGAUCUCGGCUUGAUGAACCACUUCACAUCCGUAACCUCCGCAACCUUGCCCGGGGCUAACCUCCACACCUGGCGCGACAAGGUUCCGGCGGUGGCAGCGGACUCGCCCUACCUCAUGCAUCAGAUUCUCGCAGUCUCCGCCUUUCACCUAGCAAUCAUAGAACCACUCGGAUCUUUCUCCGCGCAAGCUCACACGCAGCAGCAACAGCGGCAGGAGAAGCUAUCUUUGGCGCUGCAGCACCAACACCAUGCAAUUCGUGGAGUUCAGUCUGAGAUUUCGCAUGUCACGCCUGGAAAUUGCGACGCCCUCUUCGCCGCGUCGUCAUUGCUCUUCAUUGGCGCCUUCGCCGCCUCUGGUCCAAUGCUGCACAGCCCCCUGCGUCAGCUAGAAGUGGACGACAUCCUGGAGGUUUUCACCCUCAUUCGCGGUGUCAGCAGUGUCUUGGCCUCGGCUAGGGAGAAUGUGCGGCAUAGCAUAUUGAAGGACUUCAUGAAAUGCAAUCCGUAUCUAGGCGGCAACGAGUUGCUAACACUGCUGCAAGAUAAUGUUUCACGUAUCCAGGGUGGGUUGGAUCAGCACGACGUGAGUUCCGAGGUCAAGAGCAUUAUUGGCGAAGCAGUCUUGGGCUUUCGGAAUAGCAUCGAGCGGGCAUCGUCUAUCACUCCCGAGUUGAACGUCGCUGUGUCAUGGCCCAUGGUCCUGCGUGACAACUUCAUGGCCUUGCUUGUUGUCAGAGACCCUGCGUCUUUAGUCGUUCUUGCACAUUAUAACUUGGGAAGUACUCAAGCCCUUGUCGGCGGCCCCCGCCAGGAGCACGCCGCGGUUGCUCUCGGCGACAACAUCUACGUUGUUGCCGGCAUCGAGCUCGACGCAAGCCAGCCAACCGGUGUCUCCAUAAUCGACUCUGUGGAGCUGUACAACAUCCCCAAAGACGAAUGGUCCUUCGCCGCGCCCCUCCCGAUCCCUAUGAACCACGCCAAUGCCGCUGCGGCCAAUGGGAAGGUCUACAUCCUCGGCGGCCUUUCUGGCGGCGCGGUCUUCCGCGCGCUUCUGAACUGCUACGAGUACAAUCCUGCGACCAAUGCGUGGACUGAGCUCCCGCCCAUACCGAAUGGCACAGAGAGGGGCAGCUCCAUCCUUGGUGUCACUGGCGAUAGGAUUAUUGUUGCUGGCAGCAUCAGUCUGCUCGAGCUCGGAGAAGAUGGACUCCAGGAGACUGUCGAUACUGUUUCGUCCUACAACUUCGUCACAAAGGAAUGGGAGUCAUUGCCUAGUCUACCUGAAGGCCGCGAGCAUGCCGGCGGCGGCGUCAUCGGAACCAACUUUUACGUCGUCGGCGGUCGGUUCCGUAGCCAGACGGCAGUCUGCGGCACAGUUUACGUCCUCGAUCUCAAGACGCUGAAGUGGAGCGAGCGAGCGCGCAUCCCGGCCCCUCGAGGCGGUCUCUCAGUGGCUAUCGUGGGGCAACGAAUUUACACCUUUGGAGGCGAGGGAAACCUGGAUCCUGAGGCUGGAUUUGUGUUCAACGAGACGGAGGUGUAUGACGCGCGAACAAACUGCUGGGAGAAGCUUAAGCCGAUGAAGACGCCUUGUCACGGCAUGGCAGCCGUUGCGUACAAUGGGAGCGUCUACACGCCUGGUGGGGGCAUUCGCGACUUUGGCAUUGUCGAUAACAUGGAGGUUCUCCACCCCAGCAUACUUAGCCCUCAAGGGAAAAAAUUCGGAGUAAUCGCGUUGCUCGUUCUGGCUCCCUUCAGGACGAGCAAAUAG